AACCCCCCCCGUGCAGUAUCGAUUAUUCAUUGAUUUCUGCUUCUCCUCUUUCCCCGCAAUUGUCGCUGUUUCCUUGACUAAAGGCGACGAGUGCUUGACUAAAAGUUUCUCUUCUCCGCCACCAACGACUGGCCUCUCGCGCGCCAGCAUCCUCAUCGCGUGCUCCGCCCUGAUUAUUCUUGCAUUGUUCUGCGAGCCGUGACGGAAGCUUUGCCAUUAUUCCUAGCAUCUCGCACAAUCUUUCUGCCCUCUCUGGCCUCUCUGGCCUCUCUGGCCUCUAGCCCUCAUCUGAACAAUCAAAUCAUGGCCGCCCGUGGUGCCCAUCCCUUCGUGCUGCCGUCGCGGCCACGCAUGUCUGCGCUGUGCGCCGCCUGCGACUCUCCCCUUCCCCUUCCCGGUGACCCAGAAACAAAUCCCGUGGGCAAGACUAUAAGAUCUCCAGCCGUCCCCGACCGCGUGGAGCGCACCAGCUUCUCCAGUAUCAAGGAGAACAUCACCGGCGUCCCCCAGUCGUUUACCGAUUCCAAGACGUCCUCGUACCUGCGCAGGGACUUUGCAUUGCUCGGGUCGGAAGACGCGGUCGACAGCGGAGACUGCCUCUCUUCAGGUUGCUCGACUCCCGUUGAGAAGGAGCAGAGCCCGGAAAUGCUGAAUCCGCAGAGCGCGCUUCACGGGCUGGUCUGUCCCUGUGACAGCUUUCGGGGCUGGAAGAGUAUCAGUAUCGGGGGCAAGGUUGCGAGUAAGAGUUUUGGAGACUUGAGACGGCUGGCCCGCGGCUGGGAUUGGGAGGCGAAGGAUGACAGGUCGGAGAAGAUGAUUGUGGGCGAGGAUGGGAUCAAGGAGGUGAGGAAGGAAGAUGGCAAGAUUAUGCCUGGCCAGAGUCCGCUGGAGAGGUUGCCGAUGGAGCUGCUUGGCGCAAUAAUUGAUCAGCUCGUAACUGAUAUCCCGCCUAAUGGCUUCACCGCCCGCAACAUCGACCUGAUGUCGCUUCUCCUCACCUCCCGUUCGCUGCACUCGGCCACCCUCUCCACCCUGUACGCGCAAAUCACUAUUCCCCACUCCCGCAUCUUCCGCAAAUUCCUCUCCCACAUCAGCGUCUACCCCUCGCUGGGCACCAUUGUGAGACGGCUGGAUUUCUCCCACUUCAAUCCGACCGGCGCCGGCAUGUCCAGGAGAGAGCGGAUGGAGACCCGGAAUCUAAUCCCGGAAACGCUCAAGCAGUGCCUGGAACUAGUGCCAAACCUCAGGGAGUUUCUGGCUCAGGAACAUAUCGACGACGAGAUCGAUGUGAAUGUCCUGGAAUCCCUGUUCGGGGAACUGCCGAAAUUGAAGGCGGUCGAUUUCUGCGCUUGCUCGAGCACCAAGUUCAAGGAGGCCUGGGUCGAGCUCCUCGAUUCCUCGGCCACGAAGUUACCGGCAGAGUUGUCGGUCCAGAGGCUAGGGUUCCACGAAUGCACCAUCUUGCCCUGCCAAACCUUCACUACCCUCCUCCCGCGCCUACCACGGCUCACCCACCUAGAUGUCGCGCACACGCGCAUCACUGAUGCAGCCCUUCACAGCAUCCCCAAGAGCGCGCGUCUAACCCACCUCAACCUCUCCAAAUGCACUCACCUGACCGGCCCCUCCGUGGUCUCCUUCCUGGCCACCCACCCCGCCGCCCGCAGCCUCGUCUACCUUAAUCUCGGCAUGGACGCCAAAUCGCACGAACUCUUCAGCGAAGACGACAUCUCUGCCCUUCUCCCCGUCCUCCCGCCGACCUUGCGCUCUCUGAACCUCAAGGGCUCCAAGAUGCUCCCUACCCACAUCCCGCUCCUCUUGCCGCUAACCAAACAUCUCGAGGAGCUCUCUCUCGGCCGCAAUCUGGAACUAAGCUCCAUCACGCGCCUUUUCGUUCCCGACCCCCCCUCCUCCUCAUCCUCAUCGGACCCCUCAUCCGAUGACGACGACCAUACUCCCUGGACAAACCCCCAACUCCGCUACCUCGACGUCUCCGACCUCUCCCUCCCCCAACUCGACCUCAGCACCCUCUUCAGCACCACCUGCCCCCUUCUCCGCCCCGCCAGCGCGCCCCUCGAAGUAAUCGAAGUGUCCGGCGACGUCAGCAAAAAGCUCGAGAAGAGCCAGUCGGUCCUGCAGCGCGCCGGAUGGUGCCUGAAAGAAGCCGGGCGCCGCUGGUGGAUGGUGCGGGACCCUGGCGUGCGCCGCUCCGUCGACGCCGGUGUCAACGCGCGCGUGAACGCCGUGGGCGCGCCCGGGCUGGGGAAUGGCGAGCACGAGCUCGAGAAGCUGGAGAAGCUGGACACGGGAGCGAGGGAGUGGAAAUGGGGCGCGAAUUAUUGGGGCAUGAGGAAGAUUCCGGUCGCGAGGGCCGAGGUCGGGGGCAUGUAUGGUCAUUAUAUGUUUAAGCGCUGAGCGACCCGCUCACCCAUGGGUUGGUUCUAGGACGAAUGUUCAAAGGAAGAAGAGGUGGAAAGGAAAGGAAAGGAAAGGUACGACUAAACAUUUCCUUAUCCAAAUUUGGCGUUUUCAAAGGUCGCUCUCCGUCAUCUCAUAUUUAGCAUGCGGGUUUAGGAUUAUGUUAGCUGGCGACCUCUUAUCUCUGUUGCGAUUUUGUUUAUGUUUAUGUUUAUUUGUCUCUUUGCAUUGGGAGCUUGUAAAGCAAUGAAUGGAAGCCAGGAUGCGGAAAAAAGUGAGCGCUUAGCGAGUAUGCAUGUAUGUAUCUAUUCAUUCUAGCCAGCGAGAAACAAACCGAGCAGUAUAGUAGUUAUGAUAUUCCUCUCUAAUUC